AUGGCGGUCGGCAUCAUGUCGGCUCGAGCGUCUCUUCUGGCGCUAACCGCUUGCUUCCUUCAAGUUCUCAUCCAAGGACAAGUGUUUCGGGGUCCCCAGGACGUGUUCCUGCGCUCGCGGCGUGCUAACAGGUUCAUUCUGGAGGAGGUUCUGCAGGGGAACCUCGAGAGGGAGUGCUACGAGGAAUGGUGCAACUACGAGGAGGCGCGGGAAUACUUCGAGGACACGCCCAGUACGAACGCCUUCUGGAACGUUUACUACGACGGGGAUCAGUGCGAGCCGGACCCCUGCCUGCACGGAGGAAACUGCACGGACCGGCUGGGGGGGUUCCUGUGCUGCUGCCCCCCCCCUCACUACGGCCCUGUCUGUGAGCUGAGGGCCCCGGGGCCCGAUGGAAACCCCCCCGCCGCCCCGCUGGUCACCUCCACAGAGAUCUCCGAGUGUCCGAUCGGCGGCCCGUUGGCAUGCGAUCAGAUGUGCGAGGCGUCCGUCGGUUCGUUCGUCUGCUCCUGCCUGACGGGCUUCGGACUGCAGGAGGACGGGCGGAGCUGCCGGGCUGAAGCCGAGUUUACCUGCGGAAGACUUCCUGACGAGAUCAACGCCACGCUGUGCCCUCGAGGAGCCUGUCCCUGGCAGGCGUCCCUAUUGGACAGCAGAGGGGAGGAGCUGUGUAGCUGCGCUGUGAUUGGCCGUCGCUCCGUGCUGACCUCGGCUCGAUGCCUCCUGACGGGCGUGUCAUCGCCCCCCCGACCCUCUGACUUCACCGUGGCCGCCGGCGAUAGAAAGACGCUCGUCGCCGUGCGGUCGCUCUACAUCCACGAGCGUUUCCGUGAGCAUUGCCGUGAUGAUGACCUCGUCCUGCUGGAGUUGUCCCGCCCCCUGACAUUUGGCCCCGCCCUCUCCCACCUCUGCCUCCCCCCCACCAGGGACUUCAGCGAGAACAUCCUGAUGCAUUCUGGGAGGACGGGGGACGCCGGGGAAAAGACGCUCGUCUACAAAACGCUGGACGAGUGCCGACUAAAUACGAACGUUUCAAAUCUGCUUAGCAACAAGAUGUUCUGCAUGGGGGGGCUUAAUGAGGGACAAGAGGGGGGGCAAAGGAGACCCAAACGAGCCCAGGGGAGACUUAAUGAACUCUGGAAUUACACUAGUACGGAUAUGAGGAGAAAAGGUUCUGAUCGAGUCCAUAGAGACCAGACUGGGGAUUUAAGAAACCCAAACAGUACCAUUAAGAGCCCGGAUGAACCCUUUAGGAACAAGAAUGGCAGCGAAGGGACGCAGAAUGAAAGCCAUCACCAGAACCAGGACCACCAACAGGACCACCAACAAGACCACCAUCAAAACCAACAACAAAACAAACACCAGAACCACAACCAACAACACCAAGACCACCAUCAAAACCACCACCAGGACCACAACCGAACCCCCCAUGGAGCGGACCGGAUUCUGAUUGGAUCAGAAACCGGGCACAGGACCCUGAAUAGCGCCCGGCGGUGUUCGGGCUUGUUGCCGGGGACGCCGGUUGCUACGGUGGAGCGCGGGACGGCGUUCCUCACCGGGCUGCUGAUGACAUCAUCAUGUGGGGACGGGCUGGUGUUCACCAAACUGUCCCGGUACCUGAGUUGGAUCCGGACCCGGCUGGAGGCCAGCGAGGGUCACGUGACCUCUCAGGGUCACGUGACCUCUCAGGUCGUGCAGUACCCCGAGAAACCCUGAGAAACUUUAUCCUCAAAUAUUAACACUUUUUCCCCGAAUUGUUGACGUUUUCUUGAAAUAUUACACUUUUUAAUUUUAAAUAUUCCACUGUAUAUUCCACUACAGAUGAUAAAUGCC